AAAAAUAUUACGCGUCUUGUAAGAGAUCAGUGACUUCCCCUGUACGAUACGCUAAAAAUCCAGUAACCUUCUCUUUGGCGUUCAGACUUGAAAGUGGAGCACCUUGUCAUUACGGAAGUAGGAAGUGACCUGGUGUUUUGCAAUCCAUCGCUUGCAUAGAACCAGUUUUCCCUGUAGUUAACAACAGAUAAAAGGAGCUGGUGGUAGAAGCUGCUAAUGAUGACACCCUGGGGCUCUCUGAGAUUAUUAGCUGCUCGUACUGUGUCAGCAGGAGCAAUAGCCAGUAGAUCGUUGGCCAUCUCAAAACCUUUCCAGAUGCAGGCACUUGCUGCAGCCCUUCCUUCCCAGACCUAUUGCACGGCAGUAGCACAGAUAAAUGGCCUUGUAUUCCGGCAGCUGUUCGAGCCCGUAAGCUGUACCUACACAUACCUACUGGGUGAUGCAGAGACCAAAGAAGCUGUUCUGAUUGAUCCUGUUUUGGAAACUGCAAAUCGGGAUGUAAAACUCAUUAACGAGCUAGGACUUCAGCUUAAAUUUGCAGGGCCUGGGGUCGGGCGUCCUUUGGUUCCACAGUGCUCAGGAGUGUUUUCCAAGCUUUCGAAGCAUCAAAGGGAUCUCAUUGUUGAAAGGGGUGACAGCCUCCAGUUUGGCCGUAUAGCUUUGGAAGCCAAAUCAACACCGGGGCACACAAAUGGCUGCCUCACUUAUGUGCUCAACAACCGUACAAUGGCAUUCACAGGGGAUGCACUUCUGAUUAGAGGCUGUGGAAGAACUGACUUCCAACAAGGCUGCCCAAAGACCCUGUACCAGUCAGUCCAUAAGAAGAUAUUUACCCUUCCCAAUUCCUGUCUGCUAUACCCUGGUCAUGAUUAUACAGGCCAGACUGUGACAACAGUGGAGGAGGAGAAGAGCUUGAACCCUCGACUGACCAAGACUCUGGAGGAGUUUGAAAGCAUCAUGAACAACCUCAACCUUCCCAGACCUAAACAAAUUGACUUUGCAGUUCCUGCUAACCUAAAAUGUGGAGUCCAGGAUGUAUAAAAAGAAACUCUGCCUUUCACAGAAGCUUUAACUCCUACAGUGGAUUCAGGUUGCGGUACAGUCUUUCAUCAGACAUAGCUGAAGGAAGAUUUUUUAUUCCUUUUUUUCCUACCACUCCAGUACAGUACUAUGUGGAAAUGGCUGUGUUAUUAUGAGGAUCUUCAGCUACAUAAUUGGCAGCUGUGGUGUUCUUUUAUCGAGUGUAUUAAUGACAUUCUUACAAUAAUUUGUAAAGCCCCUAAGUACUGGGGAUGCAACUCCUUUUUGUAGUAAUUUUGAUGCCUUCUAUUUUAAUUAAUGUUUUGAAAUUAAAUUAUGUUCAGGUAAUCAUGUUAAAAUAUUUAAGCACUUGUGUAUAUAACAGUAAUUAAGUGAUACUUUAAUAUAAAGCAAUGUGAUGCCUGAA